AUGAUGGUUUAUCUUGUCUAUGGUUUGAAAAAGCUUGUUAUUAAGUAAGAACUUUUUGAUGUACUUCAAUUACUGGAAUUGGUCUUGAUCAUUCUACUUGUCAGUCAACCAAUAUAUCUUGUACAUCUGUCACUGAUGGAACUUCUUGUUAAGAAUUUAAAACUACAUGUGAAUAAUACAUAGGAAGUAAUUCUUGUACAAAAACUGCAAACUAUAAAUAUCUAAUGA